AUGCGAGCGACCGUGGGUCAAGGAAUCCAAGCGAUCGACGAGCGGCGUCAUGUGGAGGUUGGGACGCACAGCCACUCUCCAAAGGGCAUCUUCAACUCGAAUGCCGCCAAUUCCGCAUGUCGUGGAUCGCUGGUGAUCAUGGAGGAGGAUGCCUCUUCCCCACGAGAGACCGGCGUCUUUGACCGGCUGCCGUCCAAAGUAAUCGAGCUCAUUCUUUAUGCCGCCGAUGCGAAUACCUUUGCAUCUCUAUCUCUAUUAACGCGACAAUGGAGGCGAACGUCAGACUCGCCGGCACUGUAUACACAUCAUUUGUCGCGUUGUCCCUCCUUUGCUUGGGCGCGGGGCGCGACUCCCACAUCUGGUGAGACGGACACGGACAGCCUGACCACCCUCAAGCGCCUAUUUCUGGAAGAAAUUAGAAGAAAUGCCUUCGACGUAUUUCUGCGGCCUCGUCGAACUCUAGUCCGCUUAAUUUCAAGCUCAAUGAGCUCGUCUACUGCCUUCCCUCAAGGCGAAGUAUUUCGUUUCUCUUUCUCGGAGAAUGGUCAGCUGGUUCUCUGCAUCAGUUCAUCCCGUAUUGUGAUCUUGGAUUUGACUGGCGACUCGGUUUCUUUAAAAUACGAAUUGAAAACCCGUCGCCGACCUUUGGGGGCUACUAUUCACAAUGAUGGCUCUCUCCUUGCGGUCCUGUCAUCUACCCACAAGAUCAACAUCUACUUGCUCUCGGAUGAAAAUGUUAAACUGAUCCAGACAAUCGCACUCAAUGAUGCGCCCCAUGGCUCCAUGGUACUCGGAUCGCCAGUGGACCCCGAACUAGAUGGCAUUGUGACAAUCACAGCUCCGUUUUACACCGAACCGGGGAUCGACGCAACGCCCCAAGAAGUGCAAAUGCGGAUGUGGACAACACAGAUUCUCUUCCCAGAAAUAACGCCCGGCUUCACACAUGCCUGCUUGAUCAAUGGCCAUGAUGAAUCUGAUGAUAGCUGGAUCCUCGGAUACGACAUUCAACUGGCGGCUUUCAGAGCAAUCAAAACUAAUAAUGUUGGAAUGAGUGGCGUCUACUUUGCCAGUCCAUUUUUAGCAGAGGAGCCACGAGAAAUGCAGCCUAUUAUGCUUCCUACAAUAGAUGAGGCUGGUGAACUUGCUGCGUUGGGUUUUGAAGACUCGGAAGUGUGGAUUUAUGGCAUACCGAAACGCCUUGAUAUUCCUUCAACAAGUUCGACUCCUGAGCCUAAUGAUAGCACCGAAACCCGUUUUAGUGGUGACCAUCAUUAUGAGGGUCGGUAUCCUCCACGUGAUAAUUUAGUGCAGUUACACAAGAUCAUUCAACAGCCUAAGGCAUUGAUUCGUGGUCGUCAAGUUACCGACAUGCACGGAAUGACAGCCGCAAAAUGGGUACAUUCAACAGAGAAAACGGCCUACCGACGUCGGUUGGUCACUGUGGCACCUGGUGGUGUACGUCCCCAACUAUUUGGCGAGGAAGAUGUCCCCGUGGACGGCGGACGCAUGCUUGUCCUAGACUUUCAGCGUUCGGUUAUCAAUGGCGAUGAAGUCGAACUUGAUAUUGAAGUUGGAGAAACAGAAGCAAAAAUGCUGAUGGAACCAGACUCAUCCCUGGAUACGGAAGUGGAGCUUGAAAGAAGGAGAACACGCUUGAACCGUGGUGAGACCGACUCGGUAGCCCUCGGUCGCAGACUUUCGCGAAUGAAUCCACGGUCUACGAGCCAGACCUUGGUGCCAGUCCUUCGUCGUAACAGUCUAUCUGUGCCCACAUCGCCCGAGGAAGUCACAGCGGGGAAUGUGCCAGAGAUUCCAUAUGACAACACACUGCCUCGCUCCCAGGAUACACUUCACCGGGCUGCUACAGCCGCAGCCUCAACUCGGGGGAGAUAUGACCCACGGUAUCGUAAUGUCCCCAACCGCCGUUAUGUACCCCAUGAAAGUGAUGCCGACAACUGGGUACCACCGCCUCCCCCGUACAAGCGUGAUGCCGAUGGACCUUUGCCAGACCAUUUGCGGCAAACCCUUCUUGGUAGCACAUCGGGUAACAAUCUUCAAUCUGGUGACUCGGCAUCCCAGCAAAUACAGAGAGCCCAAACCGCCCGUGUUUCACGACCAGCCCCACAGGAUAGCCCACGCCCACAAUCAGCCAUCCUCCAACGACUAGGUUCACUUUCUAUGCGCCCUGCAAGAGCUCGACGAGAGUCUAGUGGAUCUCCAGUCGACGGUCCAGCCCAGGACCGUAUCGAUGUUCCUGGAGUCAUUGUACCCCAGGCUCCGCAACAAACUACUAUCACAGAGAGCUCCCCAGUCAACACUUGGCCUCGGCCCCAGACUGCAGGACAUAUGCUUCCGAUCAUUACAGGGCAACAUUCAUAUCUCCAGCCCCUUCCACAACUUGCAGUUCAUCCAGCCGAGGAGGCCACCCGCGAACCAAUCAUGCCUAUGCCUUCACUAGGAGCUACCAUGUUCGGGGAAGCCUACCUACCAUACUCGGUGUCAUCUCCGAAUCUGCUCCACAUCCCAGAACCAAGUGGGAAUGGAUUGGAAAUUUCAGCUGCGGAGGACGAAGCACAAAUACCGGAACGACAAAGAUCCUUCCGCCGGCGAGUCUCGACAGAGCCAACCAGUCUACCGCCCUCUGAGAAUGUAGAGUGGCGGCGGCGUAUUGAGGAUUGGAACGAACAUACCAUCCGGGAACGAAGUCGGAAACGACGAAAUAAGUGCAUCAUUAUGUAG